GUUGUUGUAAUUGUAGUGUAGUGCUUGCCGGUAGAGUACUCUACUAGUUAGGAACUGGAUCGGGGGGCCCUUUCGCGGGGUUCUUCCUUCCCCACCUCUGCUCUCUUGUCUCUUGUGCCUCGUACCCCGUACUACGGUUGUUUAUAGGUUACUUCUUCUUUCUUUCUGUUUUAUCUUUCUUUUUUGUUUGCUUCUUUUUCUCUUCUUUUUGUUGAUGUUAGAGUGGUGUCGUUCGUAAGUGAGUGUUGGAGUCAUUGUUAAAUUGCGAAGCCUCUGCUGGAAAUGGAACUUUUUGGAAUCUUUGCUGCUGGUGCUGCGAAUGAGUGAGCCUGCCAGUGUCGCUCGAGCUAAGAAGCCAGCUGGAGUGAAGGGAUCUGGUUUUUGGCUCGAUUUCACAUUAGAAGGUUCUUAGAGGUGCAGUAAUUUGAUUAUUCAACGGUGUGCGUGCGUGCUCUCUGCUGUUUUCGUCGAAUCUCGCAUGCUUUGUCACGCGAUGGUUGUGAAGCCUCUGUUUUGCAGAUUCUCCUUGGACCUGUUGCAAAGCGGCGAAAGUUGUAAUGUAAGCCAGAGAGUGUGUUCUUGCAUGGGUUUUCAAUACGAACAAUGAUUAGGGCUGAGGGGGAGUAAUCGACUUCAACCUAGCGGUGUUGAUUAUGUCUUAGACUUGGAAAUUGAUACUGAACCUUGAUCAUGCUGUGGGAACGGUAUUCGAUACCGUCCAUGAACUCGACCCACAUGCGGGAAAUAAUUUGAACUGAUUCAUAGUACUUUGGCUGCUUGAACAAUUCUAAUUGCCAGGAUGGUUAUGGACGAUUUCAGGCCCGCUGCUCUAGAUAUGAGAAUGCUAGAAAUUACAGCUAAAUCGGGAAGUUCCCCCUCUUUAUCUGGGGCUGCUCCUACUUCAGAAUGGGAGCGGAGCAGACGACCAGAUUCACCUAGUAGUCCUUUGUCUUCUACCUUACACCUCGUGGCAAAUCCAGCCGAUUCGGAAUUAAACCAGCCUAUUUACAACGAGAAUGUUCAUGCCAGAAAUCCUGGCACACCGGCCUGUGAGAACGAUUCUGUACCGUGUGAAACUGUAAGCCCUCUUUUGGUAACCUUUCCAACCGAAGUUUUGCCGAACACAGUAUCUGAAUUGGCCUCAAGCGCUGGCGAUUGUCAAGGGAGUCAUGAUAGAAAUUCGAGUCUGGAUGUUGUGUCUGCUCUUCUAUCGGAUGACAGUGCGAACGGAAGCGAUUCUCUUGGAACCGAGGAAAUGUUGGCUCCGGAUACCACUCGGGAGGUAACAGCCAAGGAUAUGACGCUUCCGCAACUCAGUCAGUCGAUGCCAUCCUCCCCUAGCACCCCAGUUAUGGGGGACAGUGGAGUACAGCUACCAGUUGUUCCAGAUUUUAAUAAUUCUCAACAUACAACUGGUGUAACCAAUGAAGAAAGCGUCCACCUCGUCCAGAAGAUAUAUGCUCAAUCUGAAGAUUUGUCGCAAGUUUCCAGGACAAAGUCAAUGCCGGAAUCGAGUUCAGGAACUGCUACUCCAAAGAAGUUAAGACGUUCUGCCACUGAAAAGAAAAGAAAAGAGAAAAUUGUUGAUGAUGCAAACAUUCGCUUUGGUGGAGAGGUCAGAUUGUCAGACCGCAGAAAGAAAAAACUGUUAAGAAAGCUAGCGACGAUUAAAAAGGACGGAGCAGUGGAGUUUGACAUGAGUGAGAGUUCUCAAGCAGUUAAAGACUUGUUCGGUUAUGGAUUCACGUCUAAAGAAGAACCCAAGUUUGGAGAUUUUGAAGAUGAUUUGGACAAAAAGCACGCUGAAUAUUUAUGCGAAACCAAGUCGAUUCCCCCUCUAAAAAUUGUUAUGCUUAUUGUUGGUACCCGUGGAGACGUACAGCCAUUCAUCGCUAUUGGGAAAAGAUUGCAGGAACAUGGACACAGAGUAAGAUUGGCAUCACACAAGAACUUCGAAAGCUUUGUGAGGAAAGAGGGUUUGGAGUUCUAUCCACUAGGAGGCGAUCCGGUGAUUCUUGCUGGAUAUAUGGUCAAGAACAAGGGAUUUUUGCCUUCUAAUCCCUCGGAGAUUCCAGUGCAACGUGAGCAAAUCAAGUCGAUUGUGUAUUCUCUACUACCAGCUUGCACUCAACCAGAUUUACACUCUGGUAUCCCUUUUCAGGCACAGGCUAUAAUUGCUAACCCUCCAGCAUAUGGACAUGUACAUGUAGCUGAGCACCUGAAGAUACCGUUGCACAUCUUUUUUACAAUGCCUUGGACUUCUACUAGUGCGUUUCCACAUCCCCUGUCGCGAGUGAAACAACCAGCUGCCUAUCGAAUGUCAUAUCAAGUGGUGGACACUUUGAUUUGGUUGGGGAUUCGAGGAAUAGUUAACAGUUACCGUAAGAAGAAGCUGCAACUACGACCUAUUACUUACUUGAGUGGUUCACAAGGAUCGAUCGCUGAAAUGCCAACUGGCUACAUCUGGAGCCCCCACCUGGUUCCGAAGCCUAAAGACUGGGGACCCUUGGUUGAUGUGGUUGGCUUUUGCUUCUUAAACCUUGCCACAAAUUACAAACCUCCAGAAGAUCUGGUGAAAUGGUUGCAAGCUGGUCCACCUCCUAUAUAUAUUGGUUUUGGAAGUCUGCCUGUAGAAGAUCCAGUAGGCAUGACAAAAAUUAUUGUUGAAGCACUCCACAAGACUGGGCAGCGAGGAAUAAUUGGUAAAGGAUGGGGUGGCAUUGGAAAUUUGUCGGAGACACCAGAGAAUAUUUAUCUUUUGUCAGACUGCCCUCAUGAUUGGCUAUUUCCUCAAUGUGCUGCGGUGGUGCAUCAUGGAGGUGCAGGAACCACGUCUGCAGGACUAAAAGCUGCGUGUCCAACAACCGUCAUCCCGUUUUUUGGAGACCAACCUUUUUGGGGUGAUCGCGUGCAUGAAAAGGGUGUAGGACCGGUUCCUAUCCCCGUCAAUCACUUCACUCUGGAGAAGCUUGUUAAUGCUAUUGAGUUUAUGCUUGACCCCAAGGUUAAACGCGCAGCAGUGGAAUUGGCGAAAGCCAUGGAAUAUGAGGAUGGUGUAGAAGGAGCGGUUCAAGCUUUCCAUAAGCAUAUUUAUGAGCACCUGCCUAAGAUUUUGUGCAAUGUGGACCUACCUCGCCAGCGUCGAAGGUCGGUAUUUAAGCACUUCAAAAUAUCGUGUUUUUCCUUUUUUUGAUGUCUAGUGGCCCAAGGAUCGUUCCAUUUCUUUAUGAGCUUCCACUUGACCAGGUCGGUUCCUCAUAGUUUUACCCCUACUUACAACCCAACGGUCCACCAAUGUAUUGGAAUUGAUCAUUAUAGAUGUCCUUUUGGGCACUGUAUAGUUUGGUUAUAGGUGUACUAAUUUAUCCAUUGGCCUCAUGACAAGUAUGGUCUGUACAAGUAGUUUUAACGCAUGUAAUUUAGCUUCCAAGCAUUUCAGGGCUUUUUCUAGAAAAAGCUUGCAAGGCUUCAUAUUUUUCCUUGUUCCUGUUUAUUAGGAUAUUGUACCAUGCCGUCACUACUCAUUUUGAUCACCACUCAACAGUAAAUUUCCUACUGCAGUUAGUAUAGUUUCUAUCAUUCAUGUAUUUUUCUGUGUCCUAUGUUUAUUAGAAUAUUGAAUCAUAUUGUCAGCA